AUGCAGAUUCGCCAGUCCCUAUUCCUCGCCGCAGCCGGCCGCGCUGUGGCCCAGCAACUCCCCAGCCUGACUGAGGCGCUUGCCUCGCAAAAUGAGACUCUGUCGACACUGAUCUCCUUGAUUAGCAACAACACCGCCGUCAGCCAGAGCAUCGGCCAGCUGUCUAACAUUACCAUCCUGGCUCCCAAUAACGAGGCUCUCAACAGUCUCAUCAGCAAUGCCGAUCCCGCAACUGCCAUGAUGCUAGCCCAGCCAGACUUCAUCCAGGCUGUCCUGAGCUACCACAUCCUGAACGGCACUUACUACGGCUCCAACUUUACCGAGACUGCCGCAUUUGUGCCCACCGCUCUCACCAACGAGACCUACACUAACGUCACUGGUGGACAACGCGUCGAGGGUGUCGUCCAGGACGGAAAUGUCGUGCUCUACAGUGGUCUCCGCUUGAACUCCACUGUAGUGACUGCUAACCUCAACUUCACCGGCGGUGUUAUCCACAUCAUCGACUCGGUCCUCACCAUCCCUGGGAGCAUCCCCGACACCCUGACUGCUGCUAACCUGACUGCCCUUGCUGGUGCAGUCGGGGCUGCCGAUCUGGGCGACGCCCUGACCGACCUGCAGAACGUCACCAUCUUUGCUCCCAGCAACGAUGCUUUUGGCGCGAUUGGCAGCAUCACUGGCAACCUGUCCACCGAGGCUCUCGCUGGCAUUCUCCAGUACCACGUCGUUGACGGUGUUCUCGGCUACAGCAGCGGCCUUUCCGACACCACUUUGACUGCUCUUGAUGGCUCUGAGCUCAACAUUCGCGUUAUAGACGGCGAGGUCUUUGUCAACUCUGCCAAGGUUGUCAUCCCCGACGUUCUUGUCGCCAACGGUGUUGUUCACGUCAUUGACCAGGUCCUCAACCCAUCCGCCGCCUUGGCCACCCCCAACCCCAGUGCCACCACGACCACCCCGGCCUUCUCGGGUGCUUCGUCGACCACCGGCGUCCCCUUCACCAGCAACGCCGCGACCCCGUCCAGCACCGUCCCUGCCGCCAGCACCUCAGGCGUCCCUCGCCCGACUGGUGCCGCUGCUCCCAUGAAGACCGGUGCCGUCGGCGCUGCUGCCCUGUUCGGCGGUGCUGCUGUCCUGAUGAACAUGUAA